AUGGAUCCCAUAUUGAUAAAUGCUGAAGUUCAAAUGUGGAGUGCAAAGGCAGGAAUGUCUAAAUCAAGAAGGGCAUUCAUUGAAACAUUGAUAGGAAAAAUGGAAGCUAAACUUAUUCUAUAUUUCAGUACUGGAAAAGUUAAGCCGUUGCAACUACAGGAUAAUAUUAAAAAUGUGGUCCUUAGAACCUUUGGUGAAGACCAGAAUUACCUAUAUUUAACUUUUCAAAAUAACAAUUUCUUGUUUGUUGAGAAACUAACCACCACAGAUGCCAAACAACUGAAGAGAUUCCUAGACAAAGUCUAUCAAGAUAGUCUUCUAGCUGCCAGGAGGAAUGAUAAGGGUCGAUCUGGUGGUCCUAGCACAAGCACACAGGAGUUGGGUGGCUCUUCCCCACUGAAAGUGCAUUCAGAAGCAAUCAGUAAAUACCGUGAGACCACCAAAGAACGUAAAACAGCCGUGCCGAGUGAGUUGCCAUUGCCUUCAUCCUCAUCAGCCACACCUAAGAGAGCAGAGUUAUUAGAGAACCAACUUGUAAAGAAGAAAAAGGCUUCACACCAUUCAGAAAGGAAGGGAAUAGAGAAUACCCCGAAGGGCAGUAGGGAGGAAUUUGAGACAAAGUUAGUGGCGUUUUUAUGUAACGAUAAAGAGAAAGAAACGGGUUUAGGAGAGGCAGAAAGGAGUAAGACAGGAUUUGAAUUGCCAUCUGUGACCGAGUAUACUAAUGAACUUGACUUUGAUGUUCAAAAUAUUAAUGAUCUCCUUGAACAAUUGUUCUCACCAUUUCUGCUGGAACCAUACUAUAUUGAGGAAGGUGUAGAGUGGCACGAGUAUAUGAAGAUGGUCUUACUGAACCCAGAGAAAACACGGCAAGGUCUGCCUAAUGUGGGAAACAGCUGUUAUAUAAAUGUGGUAGUACAAUCUCUAUGCUCAGUUCCACUGUUUGUUAAUGAUUUAUUCAACCAGGGUUUCCCAUGGGUUAAACCUCCCAGAGAUAGUUUUAACAUGCACUUGAUGCAACUGCUUGUUUUGAAAGACAUUUACAGCAUGACAUCUAGGAAGAAGUUACUUAAGAGUAUUAUAAAAGCCCUCCCAGUAUUUGGAAUACUCACUGCUCACUGGCAGAAUGACGCACAUGAGUUUUUAAGUCUCUGUUUAGUUCAGUUGAAGGAGACCAUACAAAGAUUAGCCCUAAUAUGGCAAUCUGAAGGGGAAUAUGGGGGAAAUAAUUUACUUAGAGAGAUUUUUGCUAACCAUGCUGCUAUUGACAGAAUGCCUGUUUGUCCUGUUGCCAGUAAUUUUGAUUUUGAAUUGAUUAGCUCUAUUUUUUGUAAAGACUGUGGCCUGACUGUUUUCAAACGAGAACCAAAUAGUUAUAUCUCUAUCAACAUUCCUCAAAGAGUGAAAGACCACAGAUUGUCUAUCCAAACCAGUUUGGAUCUUUUCCUUAGUGCAGAGGAGCUUGAGCAUAGAUGUGAAAGGUGCAUGCACAACAAAUCUAUUGCAUUGCACAAGUUUAGCUGCCUACCUAGGGUUAUGAUUAUUCAUCUGAAACGCUAUAGUGUUGAUGAGUCCUGGGUAAUGAAGAAAGAUGAGCAACAUGUCAUCGCUUCCAAAUAUUUAAGGCUAUCUCAUCAUUGUAACAAAAACACAAAACUACCUCAGCCUCUUGGCAGCAAUUCACAUGCUAAGGAUAUUGACUUACUAAAACCCCUUGAAGAGUUAGGUUUUGAAAUACUCAGUAUGCCAUAUAAUUCAGUGAUGGCCUCAAGAUCUGAGGGUUUCCCAACUGUAAGUGUCAGAUCAGACAAGGAGUCAGAAUCACAAAAUGUAAAGAGAGAACAGCAGGAAGAUCUGAGGGAAGGUGCCACAUCAAAUAUAGUUAGGUCAGAAUUGACAAAUAAGAUGAAAAAAAUCAAGGAACAUGGCCAAGACAAUACAGGUAGUAAUUUAGAUUCCGGUAGUACCAGUGAGGCUACUAAAAAUGACGUGAGAAUUCAGAAAAAAUCCCAAAAGCACCAACAGGCCCUGAAAUGUAAUGAAGACAGAAGUGAGAAGCAGCCCUCCAUAAAGGCACUUACUCAAAGCCAUUCUAAACCAAGCUUCCAGGAACAGCCAGAGAACCUCAGGAAACCUAAAAAGUCCCACACCCAGAGUUCCAGUCGGGGUUCACCAGCCUCCCCAGAUUCCAGGAAAACCCCAGGAAACAAAGAUGUUUUUGAUAAGAAGACAAGGCCCAUAGGCAAGGUUGGGCCACAAAAUUCUAAUCCAAAAGACAAAACCAUUUACAGGCUCAUUAGUAUUAUCAACCAUAUUGGGAGCAGUCCCGAUGGAGGUCACUAUAUCAGUGAUGCCUUUGACUUCAGAAAGCGGUGUUGGUUCUCUUACAAUGAUCAGCAGGUGACAAGUAUACAUGAGGACUUUGUACAGAAGGCUAGGUCUUCCACUGGGUAUGUCUUCUUUUACAUGCAUAAUGAUAUCUUUGAAGAGCUCUUGGCAAGAGGAGCUCAGUCGAAGCAGUAA